AUGGAUCAGAGCGAGAGCAAUCCUCCUCCAGUGACUCCCAUGUGGUCGGAGCUUUAUCCAGACUUGCUACGAAGUGUUUUCCAAAGAUUGAGUUUCACAAAUCUCAAGCGAGCUAAAUCAGUUUGUAGGUCAUGGAACUCUGCUUCGAGAAGCUGCGUCCCCAAGCGAAAUCAGAUUCCGUGGCUUAUACUCUUCCCUCAACAGAACCAAACCAAUAGCAACAAUAGUUGUGUUUUAUUCGUUCCCGAUGGUAAAGACAACCUUUACAAGACUCGAGAUCUCGGUGCUGAGUUUACACGGAGUUGUUGUCUUGCGAGUUACGGUAGCUGGCUCUUGAUGUUUGACCAGUCUUGGAAUCUCUAUAUUGUCAAUCCAUUGACGUUAGAGAUAAUUGAUCUACCACAUUCUUCCUUAUCUAAAGAAGACAUCACCAGACAACCAUGGCUAGCUUGUCUCUGGGUAGACAAGAUAACCAAAAAUUACCUAGUUGUUUGGAUCUUGCAUGACCGUAUGGUUUACACUAGGAAAGGUGAUGGCAGGUGGAGGAGAACUACCAGCCUUUUUCCCGCUGCUCGAGUGGCUCAACAAAUUAUCCAUAACAGCAAAGAUCACAAGGUCUACAUUGCACCAGACAUUUCUUUGAGAGUCUUUGUUUGGGAUUUCUCUGAUGAUAUCCCACGCCAAAAUGGGUAUAUUUUACCUUUUUAUGUCGGGAGAGAUGCCCUUGUCGAUGGUGGUACUAUUGAUUGGGGUAGGGGUUAUUACUUCAGAAGAAUGAUUGCAACUUCAGUAUCUGGACAAGUUCUCCUUGUAGCGUGUAUGGAGCAGGAUUCCAUAUGGGAGUUUCGCAUCUACGCGUACGAUCCUCUGACUAAGACAGGGGAAAGAGUGAAUGAUUUAGGUGAUGAGGCUCUAAUCUUGGACAUGGGUUUCACUGUUGUUGUAGCCAAAGAUAUACCUGGGAUUAAGAGAAACUCUAUCUAUUUCAGUUACUUCAAUAUCGAUCAUCAGAGCAAGGAUCCCGAACAUAUAUUUGUCUAUGAUCUCCACACCCGAACCACAGAGCGUUUGCCACAAUGGGUUGUCUCCUCAGUAGGCUUCUCUGAUGCUCGAUGGUUCUUCCCGGAUACUAACCAUUAA